UUCUGCAAUAACGUCUGCAGACAAACCGGCUGCCGUCAUGUCCACAGAGGGGGCCGUUGGGUAAAGAUAGGCUGCARAACAGUCUGUAAUAAAAUUUGCAAGUUUGGAAAGAGAGAAGAGGAUGAUGGCAUAAAUGAAGAACCAGAAAAUCCAUUUCAGGACGAGGCGGAUGAAGCGGUUGAAAGAACAUACGAAGAGAACGAAGAGUAGUUCACAGCUCAUGGACUGAAAGACGGCUGAACGGAUCCCAAGAAAAACUCAUGAUUUAAAUAAACAAAAACUAAAAUAUAGCCAUGCUGUAUGAUGCUUUAUUUUUAGUUGAUAGUCAAAUUUCAAGAUGUUUUUCAAAUAAUCUUUUUAGAUAAUAAAAUAGAAUUUCGCACUGA